CUGAGAGGGCGGUGAGAGGCCGGGUCCCAGGCAUUCUGAAAACGGAAUUCUUUCCCAGCUGGCUCCUCACUCUGCCAGAGUAAAGCCCGGCAGUGAGGACGCUGCGACGCGUCUGCACUCUGCGGCUAAAAAGGCUUUGAACUUGGCUGCAGCAGCGCGAGACUUUUUUCCCUUUUUUUUUCCCACGAGAAAGCCAGGCAAAUCCUCUGCUUCUCAGGAGACAGGAAAAUCCUGGAGCUAACAACGGGCAGCUCGGCCAUUGCGCUGACCCCUAAAGCGCAGAAGGACGGCGAGAGGGGACUGAAGCUGAGCUGAGGUCGCCUAGAGACGGGAGUGUGCGCCGAAGCGGGGUGGGAAAGGAGGGAGGAGUGUCACGAAGUUUACGGUCAGCAGUGGAUUAUCCCGGCCCCUCAGUGCCUGGGGGCCGCGUAAUGCGCGAGGAGAACAAGGGUAUGUUCAGUGGUGGUGGCAGCGAUGCGGGCCUGGCCAACGCCGCAGCGCGGGGUCAAGUGGAGAAGGUGCAGCAGCUCCUAGAAGCCGGCGCGGAUCCCAACGGAAUCAACCGCUUCGGAAGAAGGGCGAUCCAGGUCAUGAUGAUGGGCAGCGUCCGAGUGGCGGAACUGCUGCUGCUCCACGGUGCAGAGCCCAACUGCGCAGACCCCAGCACCCUCGCCCGACCUGUGCACGAUGCGGCCAGGGAGGGCUUCCUGGACACGCUGGUGGUGCUGCACCGGGCGGGAGCGCGGCUGGACGUGCGCGACGCCUGGGGCCGCCUGCCGGUGGACCUGGCUGAGGAACGAGGCCACUUCGAUGUCGCAGGGUACCUGCGGAUGGCCGCAGGAGACUGAAAGAGGAUUCACUCAGCCGCCCACCACGCUUAUUUUCUCCCUAGUUCCCCACCCUCACCUACUUCAAUGAAGGCUGCAAACUUGGAACGGCCGGAAAGCUUGCUGAACACCCAGAGCAACUCCACCCUCUGGAGGAAGGAGGAGCCAACUGGGAGUAAGUUUAUAGACAUUUUUUCUUAAUCUGGAUCUAGCUCUUUGCACUCACGGUGAAGCCAAACACAAAGAGGUGGGUUUCCUACAACGUUAAGGAGUGUGUGAAGUUCCGGGUGUAGUUCACUCUUGAGAGUUCUCGGAUAGACAAUGCUGGGGUGGCUGAGGAGGAGAAGCGGGUGACCUGUACCUGACUUGCAGAGCAGCUCCAGGUAAAUCCAGCCUUCAGUAUUAGGCCCUGAAGCACAGAGGGAAAACCUGAAGGCUGAGGCUCCGAUGGAUAAAGGUCAUGGUGAGCUUCAAUAGGUGUCCAAUGCUUUACUCUUGCUGUGAAGUGCUCCGUAAAGUACCUGCAAAAUUAUACUCUCUGGAAGCCCUAGGGCUCACGCUCACCUUCACCAGAUAGGAGAGUGGGCACAGAGGAUACGGAAGCUACGGAAGAUCUGCCUGAGGUCCUAAAAUCCCUGAUCGUGACGCUGCACAGCAGCUCUGGAAGAUGCAGGCUCUGGCUCUUACUCCACGGAGGGGAGAUGCCCCCUGUGUUCUGGAUGCCACCAGAGUCCGAACAGUGCGCAGGACGAGUGCAUUGCAGUGAGAGCAACUGUAACGGUUAACUGUCACAUUUUGCUUUAUCUAUUACCAAUAAGAUACAGAAAUCCCCCCCUAUGAAUUACUACUUGAAAAGAUUUGAAGCUAUUUUGUACUUUUGAGUUGUUCUUCAGUAACAGUUGUAUUUAACAAAGUAACUCAUGACCUUUCUGUAAAGAGAUGAGGAAGAACUACAGCUUCUUAAGGGAAGCUUUGACACCACAGCAAGCUAUAACUCUGUGGCAAACUCAGCGCAAACAGCCUAGAUUGCUUUCAUCCUUAACCUAUUUAUUUACAUGUUAAUUUUUCUGAUGGUUUCUUUAUACAGUAUCUCAGGGGAUCAAACUAUGAAAUAGUCCAAAUGUCUUUGAGAAGGUAGAUGCACUUAUCCCAUAAAUUAUCUUGGGACAUUUCUCAAGGGUUGCUGAAAAAGUAAGUUAAGUAUAAAACUGUGGAAAAUUUGCAAUGAAGGCUUACAGAAUAUCUUAACAUCUGCAGAACUAAAGGUGUGCUGCUUUGGGAUUUAAUUUCCAGUAUUGAUUUAUUCAUUAUAUUGUUGGAACAACUGAAACUUCAUCAUUUUAAUAAAGAAUUAACAGUA